AUGCCGAGCACAGUGGUUGGCUCGGGACCUCCCUCCAUCUCAAAGGAGGCACCAACGAUUGCAAGUGCCAAUAUCGAUGCCCGGGCAGAGCGCGCCUUGGUCUGGAAGUUCGAUCUUCGUCUUCUUCCGGUCCUUGCCAUCAUGUACCUAUUUAACAGCUUGGACAAAUCCAAUCUAGGAAACGCAAAAACCGCUGGACUGGAAGACACACUUUCCUUGAAAGGGAAUCAGUACAAUCUAAUUUUGAGCAUAUUCUUCGUGCCAUAUGUCUUGACUGCUCCAUUCUUGGGUCUUCUUGGGAAACGAUAUGGGCCCAACAUUGUGCUACCGUGCAUGAUGCUUGCCUUUGGCACUUUCACCAUUCUGGUUGUUGCUGUGUUCAACUUUAGUGGCCUUUUCGCCAUUCGAUGGUUCCUGGGGAUGGCAGAAAGUGCCUUCUUCCCAUUAGUCAUUUACUACCAAACAACCUUCUAUCGCCGAGGUGAACUAGCCCGCCGACUCGCGAUUUUCUACGCAGCACAAACCAUUGCCUCCGCAUUUUCUGGAUUACUCGCUUUCGGAGUUUUCCAAAUCGAAUCAGGCCCACUGGCCCCUUGGCGAUAUCUGUUCCUAAUCGAAGGUGGCGGAACGAUUCUCUUCGCGCUUUUUGCAUUGUGGUAUUUGCCUCGUUCGGCUUCGGAGGCUGCCUUCCUGACUCCGGCAGAGAAAGAGCUGGCUUACCUUCGAUUGCAAAUCGAUAGUUCCUCCGUGGUAAACGAAAAGCUGGAUAUUCGGGAUGCUUUCCGCGUUUUCAAACACUGGACUAGCUGGGCAAUUCUAGCCAUCCAAGUUUGCCUGGGUGUGCCACUGCAAUCGGUACAGCUAUUUCUUCCCGUUAUCAUCAAGCGUCUCGGAUAUAGCACAGUGAAGACCAACUUGUACACUGUGGCGCCCAACAUUUCAGGUGCUGCGGUGCUGCUUAUAUUGGCAUUUGGCAGUGAUUGGACGCGGUGGAGAUUUCCUUUCAUUGCGUUGGGAUUUUUGUUCACGUUUGUUGGAUUCAUAAUCUACGCAACCAUCGACGUCCAGCAAGAUCUUAGCCUUGCAUAUUUCGCCUCAUUUUUGAUGACUUGGGGAACUUCUGCGCCUUCUGUUCUUCUUGAUACUUGGUACAACAACAAUAUCGCGAAUGAAGGUCGACGUGUCGUUCUAACGAGCAUUGCUGUGCCUUUAGCCAACUUGAUGGGAGUGGUCAGCUCCAACAUUUUCCGCAACCAGGAUGCACCAACUUAUCUCCCUGCCUUGAUCACUACAGCCUCAUUUGGUGGUGCUGGUAUUGUUCUGACACUUUGCCUCGGAGUUUGGAUGAUGACAGAUAAUCAGAAGAGAGACCGAGCACAAGGGGUUCAUCUUAAGGCGAAGAAUAUUCCGACCGAGUACCUGCAGGAUGGACCUGCAUGUGAAACCUUCCGAUGGUUCUACUAA